CCCCAUGCACGGGGGGACACCAGUGAGUGUGAACGACAGUGGCGGAGCGCCUUGUUCCACGCGGGACGCAGCCGCUGCGCUUCGCGGGACGGCUUCCACUCACCGCCUUUUUUCAUCUCCUGUCACCACAAGAAACCACGCGUCUCUUAUAAAAAAAAAAGACAAAAAAACCCCCCCAAAGAACUAAACUUUUCCAUCUUUCUCUCUGCCUCUCUCUAACCCCUCUCCCCUCCCACCGGGACUAAAACCACGCAGGAAAAGAAGAGGAAGCAGGGAAGGCUGGAGAGGAGCCGAGCCUCAGAGGGGAGCGGCUAGAUAAUUAAGUGAAGCAUGGGUGACUGGAGCUUUCUAGGGCGACUGUUGGAGAAUGCUCAAGAACACUCCACUGUGAUUGGAAAGGUUUGGCUCACUGUCCUUUUCAUUUUCCGUAUCUUGGUUCUUGGCGCAGCCGCUGAAGAAGUUUGGGGUGACGAACAGUCAGACUUUACCUGUAACACCCAACAACCUGGUUGCGAGAACGUCUGCUACGAUGAGGCCUUCCCCAUCUCUCAUAUACGUUUCUGGGUGCUGCAGAUCAUCUUUGUCUCUACGCCCACUCUCAUUUACCUUGGCCAUGUGCUGCACAUCGUGCGCAUGGAGGAGAAGAGAAGGGAGAGGGAGGAAGAUCUCAGGAAAGCUGGACGACAUCAGGAUGAUCAUGACCCUUUCUACAAUGAUGGAGUUGGUGAUGGAGGGGGAGGAGGUGGUAGAAAGGAGAAGCCGCCAAUCCGGGAUGAGCAUGGGAAGAUCCGAAUCCGUGGGGCAUUAUUAAGGACCUAUAUCUUCAACAUUAUCUUUAAGACUCUCUUUGAGGUGGGCUUCAUCCUAGGGCAGUACUUCCUCUACGGCUUUCAGCUGAGGCCGCUUUAUAAAUGUGGCCGCUGGCCCUGCCCCAACACUGUGGACUGCUUCAUCUCCAGGCCUACUGAGAAGACGAUCUUCAUCAUAUUCAUGCUAGUGGUGGCAUGCAUCUCAUUGGUCCUCAACCUCCUAGAGAUCUACCACUUGGGCUGGAAGAAAGUGAAGCAUGGAGUCAGGAAGGAGUUUGUCCCUGACAGUCUGUCUCUGAUUGGUGCCAAUGAGCCUGGAGACACGGAGACGAUUCCUGAACAGACUUCUGCCCCAGGGCUCCAGAGUUUGCCUUUGUGUGUCGUGGGGGGUGAAGUUACUGAAGGAGGAACUUACAGUCACACUGGAACCUCCCACACAGUGAUCUCAUUAAACCCCAACAGGGUUACAAUACCUCCAUCUCAGGGGCAUAAUGUAGAAAGUGCCUCUUUUCACCACGAUGACGUCCUAAUGGGGUCGCUGCCUGCUUCUAUCUACAGUGAGAAUGAGGAGAGCAAUGUUCAUCUCGCAGAGAUGCAGCAGAAUUGGAGAAACAUGGCUUUGGAGCUCCACAAUCUAGAUGAGGAAAAUCCCCCCACUUAUCCUCUUCCAUCUCCCUUCCCUUCUACCUCUUCCUCCUCUCAGGAUGAGACAACAUGUUUGGAAGAGAAGCAACGAUCCACAUUUCCAACACUUCCUCGCAAUACACCUCUUUCUCCGCUGGCGCCUAAGGAGACAACUGAGGACAAAGAAAACAGUGUCACCGCAGUGCCACAUGAUGACUUUACAGUGAUAACGAGGGCGGAGAUGCAUCAGCCUCCCACAGCUGUAGGGACAGACUUAAGGAGGCAAGGAAGCAAGACCAGAGCUCGUCCUGAUGAUCUGGCUGUGUAGCUAAAAAUGUACACACUCACACAUUACCCAAACCAUGCACACGUGCUUUACUUUACACAUACACACAUGAAACCAAACCAAAGUCUGUUCUGCAGCUUCAAAUUAUUUUUUCAAUAAGGAAAAAAAACACCAUCUUUGAAAAUACAAUUUGAACAUCAAUAGCGACCUCAUGUCUAUAUACUACUGUAGCUAUGAAGAUUUGUCACCAAUAGACAUGGAAAUAUCAAGUGAUGCUUACUGUAAAGCUUAGAGGUAGACCAAAGAAAAGCAACGUUAGUGGGUCUUCUGAUUCUGAGAAAUAAAACGUGAAUAACUAUGCUGAGGGUUGAUAAGUUCUGUAAAUUCAUUUUUUUUUGUCUAUGAGAGCUUAUGCUAAGAGGUUUUAAUCAUAGAUGAAGACAUUUGUUUUAUCAAAGUAAUGGGGCAAGAAGACAGAAGCAUUUCAUAUUUGAUUAACACUCAUUAAAAAAAAGUUUUCAAGUUUUUUUUUAGACAUUUUAUGGGUGUUCUUUUUUUUUAUCUCAAUACACUGCCAUGGAUGUAGUGCUAUAUCUUAAUGCCAUUAGUAGACAACUUCAGUAUGAUGAAAUUCAGCUCGGAUUUAUUCUGAUUCAGUGAUUCAUCAGAUUUGAUACCAAAAUAUAAAACUAGUUAGAUUGGAGGAAGGUCAUAGUAAUUUGAAACUGAAUGAAAAUAACAGAUUAUUCUCAGGGCUGUCUUUUAAUAAAAUCCUUGUAUUCUAAUUCCAAUCAUUCUCUAAAGGAUAUAAAAAAAUCUAAUUGUGUAAAAUGGUGAACAGUACAUACUAAAUAAAAUUUCUAAGAGUUUUUCUAUCUGCACCUUACUGGGAAAAUGUGAUUGUAAUGAACAUUGCUAGCUGCUACAAUCUCACUAUUAAAACCAUUUUUGACAGAGCUGUGUGAGAAUAAAGAAAAUAUUGGCAUAAUAUAUAGUGGUAAAUCAGAAUAUGCACAUACAAUUGCACAUUAUUCCCACAUUAUGUACAAUGGUUUUAUCAGCGCUCAAAAACCUUUAUUUUAUGAGCCUAUUUUCUGAAAUGAUUGUCACAAGCACCUCGAAAAUAGUGCAAUGCAAAAAAGAAAAACUAAAACACCCUAAAUAUGUCAGGGAAAGUCAGAGGUUGGGGGUCAUUUCGAGUAUAUUUUUUAGAUGGCUGCUGCACAUUUUCUCUAUACAAGUGGUUUACAUAGUAGUAUAUAACCUUUGUUUUUGACAUAUGUUUCUAUUGUACUUUAAUAUAUCGAGUUGUUAAAAAUAGACUGUAAUUGUUUGUAAAAGCUCUACAGAAUUUAACAAAUCCAACUGCAACCAAUAAGUGCUCAAUUUCAACUGUGAUGUUGCACAAAAGUAUGGCUUCCUUUGAAAUAAAUUAUUUUUAUUAAAUUCCAAAUUCCUAAAAGAUAAACGCACAAUAGGAAUAAUGCAGCGCAAUGCUUAAAUUGCAUCGAUUUUGGCUUCAGUGUUACGUCUGGUUCUGCUGGUGGUUUCUUCCUGUUAAAAGGGAGUUUUUCCUCUCCACUGUCGCUACAAGCAUGCUUAGUGUAAAGGAAGGCUGAAGGGUCAAUGAGUCAAUGCAAUCAACUGGUUUUCCUUAGAUAGAAAAUCAAUUUGACUUAUGAUCUGGAGAAU